AAGGUGUCCCGAGAAUAGAGAGAGGCCAUUAUUAGUUCCGAAUGGAGCGAAGGUUGUUAGAAGCAGCUCGAAAGGGCAAUGUCGAUGAGCUGAAAGACUUGGUCAGCAGCAAUGAGCUCAUCCUUAAGGAGAUGGCUCUUGAAGCAGCCGGUCACACGCUGCUGCACGUCGCUUGUGUGGCUGGCCAUUUGGAUGUCGUCCAAGAGCUCCUGAAGCAUAUGCCGAAGCUCGCAAAAAAAGUAAACGCAGGCGGUUUCAGCCCGCUGCACAUCGCGGCAGCUCAAGGCGAAGUUGAGAUCGCAAGGGAGCUCUUGAGAGUGGGUGAAGACCUGUGCUUCGUGAAGGGACGGGAGAGAAGAAUUCCUUUGCAUUAUGCUGUUGUAAAUGGGGAGCUCAACGUCAUGAAGGUGCUGCUCUCCGCUUCCCCUGAGUCUGUCGAAGAGACAACCGCCAGGGAGGAGACAAUGCUUCACCUCGCUGUGAAGAACAACCGGUUUGAUGCGGUCGUUGUGUUGGUAGAGCAUCUGAAGCAGCACAAGAAGGAGCAGGUCAUCAAGUGGCAGGACAACAAAGGCAACACUGUCUUGCAUGUCGCUGCCGCCGUCCAAAAUUUUGAGGUGGUUAACUUCAUGCUUUUUGGUUCUGCUCUGGAGUUCGGGAUCGUAGACGUGAACGCCUUGAACAAGAGUGGCUCAACCCCUCUCGAUGUCUCAUCUCGCUCUGAUCAAGAGAUUAGAGAAAUCCUCGCGCAAGCCGGAGCCAAACAUGGACAAUCAAACUUGCCGUCUUCAGAAAUAGUCCUGGUGAUUGGCGACCAAGAUAAUAAUGAGAGAGCUACCAGCUAUCAAUCGGUUCGGAAACCUGCAGUUGAAAAUGAUCAGCCACCAUCAUUACCACCAAAAGAUUCGACCCAAGGACAAAAGCCUUUGGGCGAUAAACGCAAUGACCUUCUUGUUGUAGCCGUGCUCAUAGUAACCGCAACCUUCCAAGCCGUGAUUCAGCCUCCGCACCUUAAAAAAGUCAAAACUCAUACCAAGAAUGGCUUCCUUGCAGCAUACUUAUCUUUUGAGGCAACUACCUUCUGUAAGAAUUUCACUUUAUUUUGCUUCCUUACCAGCAACACGCUCGGAUUUCUGUUGGCUGUUCAGAUGAUCAUUGGUCUCACCAAAGAUCUUCCAUCGAAAUAUCCGCUGAAGCUCUCGACGUUCUCGAUGGUUGGUACUUACCUUUCCUGCAUGUAUAACGUGCCGGCCUGGUCGUUACUGGAUGAAAAUUACAGUCCUCUAGGAACAGCGUUGAUAGGCACACUGGGGUUCCUGAUACCAGUUGCUAUUCUAUAUAUAUACAGAAAAAAAGAAAGAGAAAGAAGAUGAGAUUGAUGAGUUAUUGUCGUCGUUAAAGAGAUAUCUCUCUACUUAAGGGUUGUGCAAAGAAUUGCAAACUGUAUGCAGCGUCAGAAUUGAGUUUUUUGGUAACGCCGGGUAUCGAUCCGAUACCCUUGUGUUUUCUCCAGUUCAUUGUGUGCUGUCCGCGAAUGCCUUAUCUUAAUUUUCUUAUUGAAUGUGUCUUGAGCUUAUAGCAGAUAUGUAUCUUAUUUUGGUAUGUAAAUGGUGACGCUGCCGUCAGGCAGCAAUGUUAAUGUUGCUGCUCCCCAAGAAAUAGCGCCAUUUUUAUUUGUCCA